AUGGCGCCGAAACGCAUGCCAAAGGUGUCCAGCUCACCUUUACCAUACUCAACCGGAACUUCGACCGCAUCUGAGCCUGGUCGGCACGCCAACCCGUUCAGUCCAGUCGAUCCCAACGUCUAUAAUGAUUACGACGAAGCAAUGCAGGAUGGCGUCGAGCUUGAAGAAAAGGGCGAGCGUUUCCAAUUUGGGCCAAAGGCUCAACGCUUCUAUGUACAAGCUGGCACGCUAUACGCUCGAGCGGCACACCUUGCCGGCGCCAAGAUCGAACGACGUGCAGACGCGCUGUACAAUGCUUCACGAAUCUACUUUCUGCUCGCUUCGCAAUUCGCGCUGCCACCCGAGAACUUGGAGACUUUCGUCCAAGCAGUCACAACAGCGCAACAAGCAUUGCGUCUUGCUCCGCCUCUUCCUUCUGUAGGCUCGACACAGACCACCCUUCCGAACCCGUUCACCCUCGAUAUCAUGACCCACCUGGCAACGUGUUUGCAGACGCUUGCCGAGGCAGUAGAUGAGCUAGGCUGGCCGCAUGGGCUCCAACCACCAGUCUUGAUAUCACAGGGUACGAACGAGCAGUCCUCGCCGAUGCUGCUAUGGAAUGAGGCGCUCACGAUCUUUCAGCAGGUCGCAAACGGACAGGACACUAUCUUGCAAGACCAGCAUGUUCAUGACAUUUCAGACGAACAGCCAGCCGAUACGUAUGGUAUGCCCUCGACCAGCUCAAAGCUGGACGAAGAAGAGCUGCAGGAUACCGGUGACGGACAAGAUGUGUACGGCUACACUUCCUCGUUGGUCACUCCUCCAUCGCUGAUGGAGACAUAUUUGUCAAUGCUUGCCUGCCUGACCUCUUUGAUCGAGGCAGCUUCCACAAUGGAAGAUAUUCAGACGCUGAGCGCUGCAGUAGACCGAACUGCUUGCAAAGCGGAAGUACUGGCUUCUGACUCCCACUCGGUAGCAAAGCUGCCGGCCACAAAAAAUGACGCGGCUAGAGCUUCUUCAGAAGUUGCAGCAAGAUGGGGCGAGGUUCAGCGGUCCGCCCUGACAGCACGAGUGCAAUGUGUCGCCAGAAUGAUCAUGCUGAGCCCGGAACCGUCACAGGUUAGCAGCCAAGUGGAGACGCUUAUGCAGACAAUCAAUGACUGGGCGGCUCAACUGAUCUCGAAUCCUACUGCAACUGAAGCUAUGCCUGGUCGCAGAGACGCCAAGGUAGCAGAGCUUUGCGAUGUCGGCGAGGCGGGGCAAAAUAUGUGUCGAGCAUCACUACGACUCAUGCCGUCCGAAGCAGGGAUUGCGGCGAUUUGGUCGCUCGCCACGUCGAGCACCAAACUCUUCCUGCAGGCGUUGGCUGCGCUCGACACCGGUGCGCCAGGGGGAGGCUCAGCGGCUGUGCUCGGCCAAGCCAACACGUCGACGCCUACGUCUCGUGCACGAUGCCGCAUACUGCUUGCGCUGUCCAGCAUGUCCAUAUUUCGCUCCCAUCCAGGUUUCGAAGCAGCAGGCAUUGCGGGGGCAAAAGGAACUCGAACCAAACUCAUCGACAAUGCUCGACUGUACGCGCGCAAAGCCGUUACCGAGAUCGGACUUGGAUGGUUGCUGCAACCUUCGCCCGCUCAAACGCCCAGAGCCGCUGUGAUACCUCCUCCUGGAGGAUGGGAAAGCCUUUCGCUUGAGUCGGAAGCCACAUUUCAUCUGCUUCGAGCUAUGCUGUUCCGAACCAAUGUUAAUGCCGCAGUGGACUCGAAAGCGGCCAAGCAAGACCAGGCUGAAAUGCACAACCUCAUACAGCACAUUCUACAGCUACGUCACAGGCCCAUCCAAGUUGGUGCGACACCGACUGCCACCUCGAUACAAUUGGCUGAUUGGUUGUACAGCCAAAGCGCUAAGUCGUUUGUCGAUGAUAUCGUGGAUGACAAUGGACGCAACGUUGUGCAGGACGAGAUUACGUGGUGGGAAAAGCUCUUUUCCGACCAGCUUGCACACUGA